AUGGCAAUCCUACCUAACGAGCACGAGCUCCGUCAGCGACUCCAGGAUUUUAGCGCGUUUGACCAGGCGCGACAGUUUCAGUUCGAGUCUCUAACGAAUAUCGUUCUGGAACUCAACAAGGAGUGUCACAAUUUGAAAAGUGACCUAGAAGACGAGCGUAACACUCGACGUACUUGGAAGAGACGUGCUGAAGAAGCUGAAGCAUCGACUCAACGCAAAUUCGUCGUCGUGCUUGUUGAUGGUGACGGUUACAUUUUCCGCAGGGCAUUCUUGCAAGCUGUUACAAGUUCCGGAGGAUCCAAGGCUGCCAACGAGUUGUACACCGAGGUGCUGAACAACUUAAGGCAAGACGAGGGUAUGCAAGGUCUAAGUCCCGACUGUGACGUGCUGGUCAACGUCUAUGCCAAUAAGGCUGGUCUGGCAAGAACCCUUGCAGCUGCCGACUACCUUAACGCUCCAUAUCAGAUCGACCAUUUUUUCUGCUCCUUCACCCAAAGCCGCAGCUUGUUCCAGUUUAUUGACUGUGGCCCGGGAAAGGAGCGGGUGGACGCUAAACUACGAGACACCUUUCGCUUCUAUGCUUAUAACGCUCAAUGUCAACGCAUCUACUUGGCCUGCUGCCACGAUAAUGGAUACAUUGCCGAGCUGGACAAGUACCGCCAUGAUGCUACUGUCAUGCCAAAAGUCAUGCUAGUCGAAGCAGCCCAGUCGGCCGCGGCGGUCCGCGCCUAUGCAAGCCUUCCAUUCAAAAGCACCAGGUUCGACACUGUCUUUGAGACUUCCGCAUUAGACAUAACUGCCAGAGCUGCAGAACCAUCCUACGCCGCCGGGUUCGACGGCCUAACUCUCGACUCACGCCGUUCGUCUCCCGAGCAGACCAGCACCGACUUGACACCGAGUGUGAGCAGGUCGACCUACUCUUCCAUCUCGUCUCCACCAGGCUUGCCUCUUCCGGUCUCCAGCAACACCACACUUACGACUCAGCAGCCGGCUAAACCGCCCACCCCUCCGGCAGAGGUCAUGCCCACCACUACCACCACCCAAGCCCCAAUACCAACUCUGCCUGUACGAGCUCAAUCCAAUAAACUCCACGACGCUGGAGCUGGAGCUGGUGCUAGCGAAACGACGACCGCUAACAACCCCAAAUCCGGAAUCCCCGUCAACCGGCUGGGCCAACGGAUCGAUCUCAAGAUAAGAAUGCCCAGCAGCGCGGAACUGGAUCGCUUCGAAGACCGCAUCCGCGACCGCCGCAAGCUGUGUAACGAGCACCACCUCCGCGACAACUGCGAAUCCUACAGCUGUCGCUACGACCACGACCCCAUUGACCCGGUCAUGAGAAGCACCCUCCGCUACAAGGCUAGAAGUAUCCCCUGCGCCCAGGGCUCCAAGUGUCGUCGCCAGGACUGCUUUUACGGCCACCGCUGUCCCUGGGGCAACAACGGCAAUUGCGGGAACCCCAAGUGUGCCUUUGACAGAAUGGGUCUACAUGAUGUCAAGGACCUCGAGAUCGCCAAGUUGGUGCCUGCCCAGCCCGUUGCUGGGGCUUAG